AUGGCGAAUGAACAAUCAGCAGCAAUUUUGACUAACGUCUGCGAUGCGAUUCCGCAUAUUUGCAAGUACACAGCUUGGCCUAUCGCCGAUGAAGCUCUGUCCACUGAACUCCUCGAUCUUGUCCAGCAAGCAUCUCACUAUCGUCAGUUGAAGAAGGGAGCUAACGAAGCCACCAAGACUCUCAACCGCGGAACAUCGGAGUUGAUCAUUCUGGCUGCUGAUACCUCCCCGCUCGCUAUCCUCCUCCAUCUUCCCCUACUUUGCGAAGAUAAGAAUACCCCCUAUGUCUAUGUCCCUAGCAAAGUCGCUUUGGGCCGAGCAUGCGGUGUAAGCCGUGCCGUUAUCGCCGCCAGCAUCACCAGCAACGAAGCUAGCGAUCUGUCGGCGCAGAUUCGGAAUAUCAAGCAGAAGGUUGAGAGAUUGAUGAUUUAA